AUGUCAAAAGAUUUAGAAUUAAUUUCGAGUGUAUAUUCACAAACAUGCCGCGAAACAUCUCAAAGUGGUCAAUGUUCGACUAAUAAGGAUUGUGGUUGUCUUUCUUUAGCAGCUUCUGAGAAUAGUGGUAUUUGUGGUUUUCUUGGGAUAGAUUGUACUCGUCUUGAUCUAUGUCAAACUCCUGGUAAUACUUGUGAAAAACUUGAUCAUGUAUGUGUGCAUCAUCCUCAGUGUACAAAUGUUUCUGUUUGUUAUCCAUUGGCAAUGAUUGAUCAACGAUUGUGUCCACCAAUAGACGCUACACCUUCACCAUCAAUACCUGAUGACGGUAUCUGUGCAACAGCAACAUGGAGUCAACAAGGUGUUACUGUGGCUGGUGGCUAUAGCUGGGGUAAUGGACUUAACCAGCUUAGUUAUCCUAUGGGAAUAUUUAUCGAUACAAAUCAAACUAUCUAUAUAGCAGAUACUAACAACGCUCGAAUAGUCAAAUGGACAAAAGGUGCUACAUUUGGUCGAAUAGUUGCAGGUGGAUUUGGAGCAGGAGGUGGUACAGCACAAUUAUAUGGUCCAAUGGAUGUUGUUGUCGAUAAAUCUGAGACAAUCUAUAUCACUGACACUAUGAAUAAUAGAGUGCAAAAAUGGAAUAGAAAUGCUCAAAUAGGCGAAACGAUUAUUGUAGCACAGCGUCCUAUUGGUAUAGCAUUAGAUGAUGAAGAAUCACUUUAUGUAUCUGCAUCUUAUUGGUCAAAAGAUUUGCUAAAAUUGCGUAAAGGUGACAAACAAGGAACUGUCAUUGCUUCUAAUUUACCUGAACUCUUUUAUUUGUUUGUACAUCAAAAUCGAUCUAUUUAUGCGGCAGAUACAAGCAAUGGUCGAAUAUUAAAAAUAGAUGAAGGUAAAUCACAAGUUUCAAUUGUUGUUGGUGAAUUACAAAAUCUUGGCGUACCUCAAUUAUCAUAUCCAUAUUCUGUUCUUAUUGAUCGAUCUGGUACUACUUAUGUCGUUGAAUAUGGAAAUCAUCGAGUUACACGAUGGUUUUCUGGAGCAAAAGCAGGCAUCGUAAUUGCAGGUGGUCGUGGUCAAGGUCAUCAAUCUGAUCGACUCAAUUUUCCUACUGAUAUAGCAUUUGAUCUUGAUGGAAAUCUUUAUGUUGCAGAUUACGGAAAUCACCGUGUGCAAAAGUUUGCUAUUGAUAAGAAAUCAUGUCAAUAG